AUGGGAGAAACCAAUCACAAAGACCAAAAACCACUUUCGUACGACAAAUCUAAUAAACCCUUUUCUUCUUCUUCGUCACCAUGCUCGUUUACAGCGAUCAUCGUCCUCUUGAUCUUCCUCUCAUAUUUCUUAUACUCGUUCAGUUUCAUAUCCUUUUUAAACCCGUAUUCACCUUCUAGAAUCCCCAAUUCUUUCCUCGUACCCGUAAUCCGACUCGGGUCGGGUCCAAAACCAGAGGAAAAAACAGAGCUUAAGCACAUCGUAUUCGGAAUCGCCGCUUCUUCCGAUCUAUGGAAGCAUCGUAGAGAAUACGUCAAAACAUGGUGGAAACCAAACGGUGAAAUGAACGGUGCCGUUUGGCUCGACAAGCACGUAAACGACACCGUUUCUUCACCUUCCUCUGCCUUGCCUCAGAUCAGAAUCUCAUCCGACACGUCCAUUUUCAAGUACCGUUACCGGAACGGUCACAGAUCAGCGAUCAGGAUCACGAGGAUCGUAUCGGAGACGGUGAGGAUGUUAAACGGAACUGAAUCUGAGAAAAACGUGAGGUGGGUUGUGAUGGGUGACGACGACACUGUGUUCUUCCCGGAGAAUCUAGUCAGGGUUUUGAGAAAAUACGAUCAUAAACAGUUCUAUUACAUCGGAGCUCCGUCGGAGAGCCAUUUGCAGAAUCUCCAUCAGUUCUCGUACGGAAUGGCAUACGGAGGAGGUGGGUUUGCGAUAAGCUAUCCAUUGGCGAAGGUCUUGGAGAAAAUGCAAGAUCGGUGUAUCGAGAGAUACUCCGAUCUGUACGGGUCCGAUGAUCGGAUUCAUGCUUGUAUGGCUGAGCUCGGUGUUCCUCUCACUCGCGAAGUCGGAUUUCAUCAGUUUGAUGUAUAUGGGAACCUCUUGGGUCUAUUAUCGGUGCAUCCACAAGUGCCAAUAGUCUCAAUCCAUCACCUAGACGUGGUAGAGCCUAUAUUCCCCAAAACAGACAGAGUCAAGGCCAUAAAGAGGCUUAUGAUCCCAGCGAAACUCGAUUCAGCUAGCCUCGUCCAACAGUCGAUUUGCUACGACAAAAACCGACAAUGGACAAUGUCGGUCUCGUGGGGAUACACGGUACAUAUCACACGUACGUAUAUGCCUGCGAGAAUGAUGAUAGUUCCCACUCGAACAUUCAACGAUUGGCACAAACGACGCGAUUUCACUAAUCUUGCUUUCAACACACGUCCUAUAACCUACACUGAUUGCCAGCGUCCGCGAGUGUUUUUCAUGUCUCGUGUGCUCAAUGAUUCUUCUAAUCCGGACAUGACGGUUACCGAGUAUUUGAGGCACAACGAGUGGAAUCCUAAAUGUGACUGGGGAAUAGCUGAUCCUUCUGAUAUCAAUCGGAUCUUCGUCUACAAAAAACCCAACCCGGAUAGGUGGAACAAGGCUCCAAGGAGAGAUUGUUGUAGAUUAGUGCCUACAACAAAGAAGGGAAUUAUGGUGAUCAAUGUGGCUGCUUGUGCAAAUGACGAAAUUUAUCUCGUCAACUGUGGCUCCGACGUUGACUCCACCGUCGAUAACCGACGCUUCGUCGCCGACGCAACGACCUCGAACGUGAAGUUCUUCACAUCCGAAGGAUCAAUCGCUCUACAAGGAGAAGAUCUAGCUCCUCCGAACGUUCCUCAGAUCUACAAGACCGCUAGGAUCUUCGCGAGACAGGCGAAAUACGAGUUCAAUGUCGGAGAGAAAGGGACUCACAUGGUACGUCUCCAUUUCAAUCGUCUCAAUUCCUCUAAAAUCGACCUCAAUGACGCUGAAUUUCACGUUACCGUUAACGGUCAUGUCGUGCUUAGGAAUUUUAGAGGCGAUGAUAACGACUCUAGGGUUAGAGAGUUUCUGAUUUGGGUCGAUGUCAGAGAGGUCGUUAUCAGGUUUGUUCCUAGUAAAGAUUCCAAAUUUGCAUUCGUUAACGCCAUUGAAGUUAUAUCUGCACCUAAGGAUUUGAUUGCUGACGUUGCAACCUCUGUAUCACACGAUGGAACUGGGAAAUUCAAUGGUUUAGCUAAACAAGCUAUGGAAGUGAUGUAUAGAAUCAAUGUUGGUGGUAGGAAAGUUACUCCUUUUAACGACACAUUGUGGAGAACUUGGCUUCCUGAUGAUGAAUUCUUGGAAACCGGUGAUGGGUCUGAGAAAACUUACUUCACCGGUAGGAUUAAGUAUAGGCCUGGAGGAGCCAGCCGCGAGGUUGGUCCUGAUAACGUCUACAACACCGCCCGUGUUGUUAAAAGAAGCAGCGGUUUGGUCAAAAUGAGUUGGGAUUUCCCGGUCAGCACGGGUUAUGAGUAUCUCAUCAGGAUGCAUUUUUGUGACAUAGCUAGCAAAUCACUCAAUACGCUCUAUUUCAACAUUUACAUCAACGGGAACUUGGCGUAUCAAGAUUUCGAUAUCUCAUACUCUGCGGACAACGUCCUUGCUUCCCCGUAUUACAUUGAUUUCGUGGUGGAUGCUACUGCUGAUACCAACCCUUCAGGAUCGUCCAUAACCGUGAGUGUUGGGCCAUCAAACAAGACUAGCGUCGAUGGGAAUGGAAUUGAUGCGAUAUUGAAUGGUGCCGAGAUCAUGAAGAUGAAUAACUCGAUGGGUAGUCUUGACGGGUAUGUUUCGGCAGAUAUGAUAUUGAGUUCUUGCCCGAACAGAAGAAACCUGAGCAUAUUCAUCGCGAUGAUGGCGUUUAUGUGUAUAUUUAUGAGCUUUUACGUUGUUGCUCAAAGGAAGAAGAAGGUUAGGGAGGACUAUGGCUGGACCAAGCUGUCUAUGGACGUCCGUGAAGAUAAUCCAAAGUCCGGGAAUCAAUUUGCAGCAAUAAAGCCUUGA